AUGUUUUCCCCUUCUCCCAACUCUAAACCAAAGCCACGAUCUUUCCUCGCCCCCCUAAAACGCAACCCCGCAAUGUCAAAAGAAGCAUUCUCAAAGCACUGGGUGACAGAACACGCACAAGUUGUUUUGCCUUAUUUUCUGGAUGCGUGCGUGGAGAGCUAUGUACAGAUUCACGGCCCUCUGUCAAUGUCAUCAUCCGCGCCUCCAGAUUCUAAUCCCAACAAUCCCAUCGCUGUACUACAGAAAGAAAUCGAAGCUGGAGAAUCGGAUGGAUGCUUUGAGUUCAUUGGUCCACCUGACACAUCCAAGGCUACACCAGAACCAGCUUGGAAAGCAGCAUAUUAUCACGACAUAAUCGUAUCUGACGAACUAAAACUUUUGGUUUCCGAAGCUUCGGAGCAUGUCAAGAUUAUAGAAAAAACUGGCAUCGUAACGGGUGAGAGGAAUGCAAUAAUUGAAAACGGGAAGAGCAAGAUAGAAACUAAUAAGGAUGUGAUGAGUGUAUGGGAAGAGUAUAAGAGAAAGGGGGAAGAGGAGAGUUCUAAAAUUUGA